AUGGCACCGCAAUCGCCUCAGCAGCCAUCGAAGGCAUCUUUGUCUUCUUCUUUGUCUUCUCCUCCUUCUCCAAAGCAUCUCCAUGGCCACGCUAUUCAGACAGCAUCACCUCCCAGUGCUGGUCCUCGCCAGUCACUCAAGCGAUCUCGUGACGUCUACGAGGUUGCUAUAGUGUCACCGUCAUCAUCUGCUGCCUUGGCCAAUCAACCAAUGGAGGUCGUCGACCCAACAACUGGGGACGAAACUCCCAUCAUGUUUCCUCCUUUGAAACGCCAAAAACCGGACCCUCCUUCCUCCCACUCACCAACCUCUCCUCUUCCUCUUCUUAUUUCUUCUUCCUCCUCCUCCUCCUUUCCCCCUCCUCUCCUUUCUCCUUCUUCCUCUCCCUCUCCCUCUCCUCUUCCCGCUGCUCUUCCACCAGUUGAUCCGGCUUCCCAAGGGAAGAUCCGAGAACCAGAGGCCACCGACCUCACCAGCGACCAAACCACAGACAGCAGUGACAGCGAGAGUACUUGGUCCCAAUCUUCCUUAUCCGGCGGAUCAGUCUGCUCCAACAUCUCAGCUACCUCCGCUUUCUUUCCACCACCUCAAGUCCUCCUCCCUCCCAAGGGUCCCAACCCUUUGGGUAAUAACUGGGAAAAACUAGGACCCAUCGAUGAAUUUCCCGAGGACCCACUAAUGGCCUCUUACACGCCACCAAGUCCAUACCCCUUCCCAGCCGGGGUAUCGUCAGAUAUAAUAUCAGCAAACCCCGAAGUGGCGUUUCUAUUCCACGUCAAAUCCGUCGGCGAGGAAAACUACUAUAAAAAACCCCUCUCAUCAGGAGAUUCGUUCGACUUUCUUCCGUCGACCAUGUCUACUAGCUUUUUUAUAUCCAUAAAGAUGGAUAAGAGAGGGUUCAGAAGAUUGAAAAGAGAUAUGAUACUGGCGAGGGAAAUCGGUUUCUUACCAUACAAAAACUUUGCAAUCGCUGUCAAUGCGAUCAGGAAUUACUCGAGGAUGAAUCGGCGGCGCGGGAACCCCGAGUGGUUGGAUGGGGUUGGUGGAACGGACGAGGAUGGGGACCCGUUAUAUUAG